AUGACGCUGGACCCCCUCCUGCCCCUCGCCCCAGCGAGGGUCAAGGCCCUGGUGCUGCCCAUAGGCCACAUCAGGCACGACCGCUUUACUUCCUUCGUCGACCACCUGAACACCGAAAAUGUUGUCGCCCUGCGCGAUGUCACUCCGGAUGCACGCCCACACAGAAACAUGUUCUCGCCGCUGGUCUUCCCCGACGGCUUCAUGUUCUUCGACCUCAUCACCCACCAUCCGACCCCUUCGCACCUUGCCCUGUCUCCCUUCGAUCUGUGGCGCGAGCCUCUUGCCGUCAUUGCCAUCGCCGACGGCGUCGAGCUACCCAAUGUUGUGUUCAGCAAGAGACACUCGGGCGGUCGUUCCGUCGAGGAGGCCAACAUCCGCACUUUGUACCAAGAGCUCGAGGAUUUACGGGACCGCUACCCCAAGGUUCUGGCUCACCAGGUGGUGAUCUUCGACUACAAGCAAGCAGAAGAGAAUCCAGUCCCAAUUCCUGAGGGAAUUGUCACUGUUCCGCCGGCCGAGGAGUCGAAGCGAGCAACCAUCAAGACAGUCAUGUGUGAUAUCUCCUCCCUGAUACUCGCCGAGAUGACUACCCUCGCCAAGUCGUAUGAAGGACUCGCUUUCAUCGACUCACCGGGGUAUUCAUCGGGUCGAUACCAGAACGGAGGACCGGGCGAUGACUACUUGAACCGUCGGAACUCGCAGUUUACGCUCCCGAGUCGCUCAAACCCUUCAAGUAGCUUUACCGACAGGGGCAACAUGCGCAUGUCCAUGCCCCCAGUCCCGUCCAGCAGGCAGCCGUCGGGUUCGAGCAGCUCCACUCCCAUACGGCCAUCUACUCCCGUGGGGGAGAACAAGCCUCUUCCCGCCCCUCCAUCUACAUUCGACAGCAUCAUAGGCCCUCCUGAACCCAUGAGCCCGGAGAAAGGCCAAGAUCGCGUGCCUGUCCAAGGUUUUGGCUCGGGGAGCUCCAAUGAGAGGUGGAGGACCAAGGGCCGGUGUCGGAUCCAAAUCGUCAUCGGGUCUCUUUACCUGCAGGCUGGCCUCUGGAACAACGCGCUCAAGGAGCUUUGCGAGGCUGCUGUCGUCGCAAAGUCCAUGAAUGACCAUCUGUGGCAUGGGAAGGCGCUCGAGUUGACUCUCCUUAGCUUGCUUCUCCUUGGCUGGGCCAACCUCGAGUUCCAGGUGCCAGCGAUCCUCCACCCGCCGCCUGAGAAGGGCGCUGCCAUUGCCCAGGCCGUCCAGGAGGCCGAGGCUCGUGACCCAUCCCAACCAAGGGCACUGCGCCACCUCCAGGUCUCUAUCCUGGAGCUUGUUGACCGCAUCCUGGGCCUGUAUUCGCGGAUUUCCGCCGAGAACCUGCCGCCUCUGCCCUUCUGUGAAGCCGCCAUCCGCUUCAGCAGGAUAUUGACUGCCGUUCACAUCGCUGGCGGGACGCUCGGCCGUGAAUCGCUUGAUAUGAUGGUCCUCGGGAAGCUACCUACCAAGCAGCUGACCACAUCCCCGCGCUUUACCGUGCCCCCGACUCGCGCCCAGAUCAUGGCGACCUUGUUCCGCGGUUUCCCUGCGUCUCCGUCCGAAAUGCUCACCACUGCCGAUCGCAUCGUCCUGUUGAGCGCCAUCGCGGCCGUGUUGGGCCAGAUUGGCUUCCAGAGGAAAAAGGCGCUUGUGCUGAAGGAGCUGGUCUCCGUUUUGGUUGGUGGCUUGGUCGAGGCCCGUACAAGGGGCGCUGCCGAUGUUGGUAUUCAUCCUGCCGCUGGCUUGGCGGGAGUGAAUGGGGCUGCUGGUGCUGGUGCUGGCGGCUCUGGUGCUCUGGAACUUGCUGAGGGGGAUAUUGAGUAUGGCAUGGAUGCCUUCUUGGGGAUGUUACUCAAGACGUAUGGCGUUGUUGAGGGAGCUAAUCCCAAUGAUCCGUCGCGUCCACCAGACGACUCGAAUGAGGCUGUUAUUGCAAGGAUACGGAAGCAGUCAGCUGCAAGGUUCUUUGGCAUUCCAGGCACAAAGCUUGAGAUCCUGCGGGCUUGUAUCAACUUCUCGGAAGCAUUGCCUGAUUUUGCCGGCGUGCUGAAGUACUCCAGCGACCUGUUGAGGACCGCCGGGAGUGGCAUCGCCCCGGGCCCGAGGAGGGAAAAUGCAUUUCCUGUCAUUAGCCGAGAGGAACAAGUUCGCCUGUUCACUAACAUCAUGAAGACCACCAACCUGUCCAGGAGGCUGGGAGCAGGACCGUUGACGGCUGAGUACUGGGACGAGUUUCUGCUCCGCGGCAUUUCCCUGGAGCCCCUACCCCCGAUGAGGGCUCCCGUUGCACACGCAAAGACGGUACUUCCCGGCAUCACGGCCACCGCGCGCGCCUCUCAGGACGUGGACCCCUUCAUCUACAAUCCCUUCCUGAAGCGUCCGGACACAGCAGCCGUUGACCGUACUCUCGUCGCUGGCGAGCCGGCUACCUUCCGGCUGACGCUUCAGAACCCGUACGAGAUCGAAGUUGAGUUGGAGAGCAUCCGGCUCGACACUGAGGGCGCCGAGUUUGAAUCUGCCAUUGAAAGCACCGUCAUUGGUCCCUACCGCACGCAGACGAUGAGGAUCACAGGCACGCCCAAGGCCGCGGGCACGGUGAAGAUCACUGGUGCCAUUAUCAAGCCGCGCGGUUGUCGUGAGCGGCGGUUCCCUAUCUUCACUGAUCCCUGGGCCCCUGAGGAUGUGACCAAGGUUAAGUCCAUUGGCCUGGGGGCGCUUGACACAAAUGCGAAGGUGGUGACGCCAGCCAUCCAGCGGCUCAAGCCUGACCAUAUCGAGGUUAAUGUAGUUGCGCCCCAGCCGUUUGUGGUUAUCAAGUCGUCUACGCUGCCUCAGUCGUCAGUGAUGAUCUUGGAAGGCGAGCGCCAACGUUUCUCAAUUACCCUCGAGAAUCUGUCGACCACGACACCCGUAGACUUUCUGUUGUUCUCCUUCAAGGACUCCACACAAGAACCGCUACAAGCAGCCAUCAACAGUCGCGAUGCCACAGCCACAGAUUUGUACGAAUAUGAGCUCAUCCUGGCCAAGAAGCAUGCGUUUCGGCUGCGAAGCCGCAACGAUAACAAGCGGUUUAUUCCUCCGGGCGGCACAGCCACGUUCGACUUUGAAAUCCUCGGCCGGCCAGGCCUCACGCACGGCCUGAUCCAGGUCGACUAUGCUUACCUUGGUGUGCCACACGAUGAGGUGGCAGAGAAGUUCUACACGCGGCAGGUAUCCAUGGAACUGACUGUCACGGUGAACGCUAGCGUCGAAAUCACUCGUGUCGACGUGCUGCCGCUGACGGGGCGUAUCCCCGAUCCUCUGUGGUCCCGGGUCAGCAGCGAGCCAGCAGAAAAGUGCCUCGCCCCCGACUCCCACUGCCUGCUGCUCCUCGACCUGCGCAACUCAUGGCCUAGUCAGAUGACAGUAGCGCUCGAGGCGUCGGACGGAGUGCGUGUUGAGGACCACAUACUGCCCGGACACACGUCUCGCGUUAUGUUGCCGAUUCGGCGUGUCUACCUCGAGGACCCGCACGCCUUUAUCCCUGCGAUCAAUCCCAACCGCCAGCGACAGUUUGUCGUGAGCACCAAGAUCUCUCCCGAAGCAGAACGUGCCAGCCGUGAGGCGUUCUGGUAUCGCGAAAAGGUGCUUGACACGCUGAAAGGGACCUGGAGGACCACGGCGCCGGGUAACUGUGCUACGCGCGAGGGCGAAAUUGAACUACGUGCAAUUCGGUUCACACCGCGCAUGAUCGAAGCGAUCAAGAUCGACGAAUUGGCUAUCGACAUCAGCCUGGCCACACCAUCGCUCAAUUCUGACUCGACAGAGCUGAGCCCAAUCACCCCCGCCAGCGACGACACCGCAUCUCCCGAAAAACGCUACGUCGUACCACUCGACUCCUUCCUUGCCCUCCGCGUCCGCCUGACCAACCGUUCUGCACGCCCCAUCUACCCGUUGCUACGCCUGACCCCCUCGCUAGCCCACCGCCCCUUCAACGUCUCCCUCGACUUCACCCGCAAGCUCGCCAAGUUCGCAUGGAAUGGCACGCUGCAACAGGCUUUGCCUCUCCUUCCUGGUAACGGCGGCACAAUGGAGGUGGUUAUGGGCGUUACGGCGCUGUGCAGAGGCGAGUUUGAGAUUGCCGCGAGCGUGGAGGAGACGAGACUUUGGGUUGAUGCGAAGGAGCUGGAGGAGGAGAAGGAGCGCGAGGAGAUUAAGCAGCGCACGGAGAUGGAGGCGCAGGCAAUUUUGUUGGGGAAUGCGAUUGGGAAGAGGGAGAGACGGGUGUGGCAUGCUAGGAGGGGUUGUCGGCUUGUAGUGAGGGAUAUGUAA